AUGCCUUCAAUCAACUCCUACACCCACGAGGAUUACCCAUACCUCAUCGUAUCCACCAACGGCGAGAUGGCGUACAAAGCCAGGGCGGACUACGACUUCGCUGAGCUCCUUAAGCUCGUGCGCGAUAACAACAACGAAGAAUUCAUCUCCAAGAUCAAGAAGGUCGUCUUCGACCCUUUCUUCGACGGCGAAAACAAGUCCGGCGCGAGGUUCUUUGUGGAGAAGUACAAGAUCGAUGCGAACAACCCGCACAAGUUUGACAUCAUUGCAGACGACUACACCCUGUCACCGUUCGAGGAAGACGAGCCACUGAGUCCUAGGUACUACCUAGAUAUGCUCGUCGCGCUUCUCAGUGCUGGUCUCCCCGCCCUCGAACAGGUAGUUCUGCCUAAGGUGUGGGCCGACGAGUGUAAUGACUCGCGCUUCGCGGAUAUAGACCUCUGGGAUGUUUAUUUGGCCGAUUAA